AUGGGAGGACCUCUGGGGUUUGGAUGGAUCGAAGGAAGAAGAAGAAUGAAGCUGUGGUGGUCUUCGGUGAUUGAAGGGAAGAAGGAGUACAAUUGGGGUUGUGAAAUUGAUGGGAAAGAAGAAAAGAAACAGAAGGCGUUGUUUCCCUUGAUGUUGUCUGCUAUUGCUUGCAAGCUUGUGCUACUACUUCUAUCCUUAAUUGUUGUCCCAUGGAUGCUGCUGCCCAAGCCUUUCAUUUUAAAGGCACAUCAUAACAGGACACACCAAGGUUAUCAUGGCUCCCAUGAUCAUGAAGAAGAGUUUGAGUUCAGCGAAGUGUUAAGGUUCGAGAAGCUGGGACAGAUUGGGGGUGGGGGUGGUUGUAAAUGUGGUGAAAAAGUCGGCCCCACCACUAGGUCUGCUUUACUUGCCCUAGCUGCUCAUGCUACUGAUCCUGAUGAAGCUGAGAGAUUGAAAUUCCUUGCAUCUCCUGCUGGAAAGGAUGAAUAUGCUCAGUGGAUAGUGUCAAGCCAAAGAAGCCUUCUUGAAGUCAUGGAGGCUUUCCCUUCAGCUAAACCUCCACUUGGUGUUUUCUUUGCAUCUGUUGCCCCUCGCUUACAACCCAGAUACUACUCAAUUUCUUCCUCCCCUAAAAUGGCACCAGAAAGGAUUCAUGUUACUUGUGCAUUAGUGUAUGAGAAAACACCAUCAGGACGUGUCCACAAAGGAGUUUCUUUUUAUUUUCUUCCGAUAAAUAGCAACCAAAAGGGAACCGCAUUGGCUCCUUUUAGGGGUUUCCUUCAAGAAAGAUUAGCCCUAAAGAAAUCCGGAUCCCAACUUGGAUCAUCCGUUUUAUUUUUCGGAUGCAGAAAUCGCAAAGUACUCUUGAUCCUUUAA